UUCGAAUGUGGCGGCGGAGGCGAGGCUGACUCGGGACGGCCAAGCGACGUGUCUCCGUGUCUGUGCGUAAGCGACCCUCAGCCCGAGCAGACGACGUCUUCCUGCAGGAGAUAAAAUGACUGAAAAUUCCCAACCUUCCAGUGAUCGGGGGGAGCUUGUGGCUGCAGGUGAAGGCGAGGGUGAAGGUGACCAGCAAGUGGCAUCAGAAUCAGAUGCCGCAGCCGCGCAAAAUGCCCAGCAGGCUCGCCAGCCCACGGCUGGAGAGUCUUUCAUGUCAAUAACCAAAUCUCUCAUCAUCAGAGCCAUAAUCAUCUACUUCAUCACAUCAUUCUUCAGACGACCACAACAGCCAACUGGACCUCAGGGAGGACCUGAAGGACAGCAAGUGACACGCGCUCGCACACCAGCCCUAAAUCUAUUCCAAGAUGGUGAUAAUCUGGACCUAUAUGUGUAUAUAUCUGAAUUAGAAACAUUCUCGGACUUUGACGAUCCAGAAUCUUUAGUGUGGGUAAAAGAAGAUAUAGUUUAUGGAGACUGGACUUCGGGGCCUGACAGUGACGGCACCUACUAUCAUUCUCUGAAAAUCCCCACUACAGAGAAUUUACGAAACAAUGGGUCAUUAUUCGUCCAUGUAUAUUUUGUAAAAAGUGGGUUUUCUCCAAACCCAGAAGCUGGAGAAGGCCUAUACAAUAGGAAAUACACAACUUACAAUUCUCAAAGACUCAACAAAUAUAAGCGUCGCCGAUACAGGAAAACUAGUAACUUGAUCACUGGAGAAACUGAAUUAUCACAGGAGGAAAUCAUGAAAGCUGAGACCAUGAAAGAAGAAAUUAUUUCCCACUGGCAUCCAAACAUAACUAUCAAUAUUGUGCACGAUUUCACACAAUGGACCCAAGGUGCUGUACCUCCUCCUCUUGAUGAGUAUGUACAGUUCACACCCGCAGCAGAUAGAUAUAAACCUAUCACAUUCCUGAACACCUACUGGAACCUGGUGAGAGAUUACCGACCCAUCAACACCACCACAGAGACACUGGACCUGACUGUCACUUUCCAACCCCUCUCACUGUUCAAGUGGCAGCUCUAUGCAGCCCAAGCCAUGAAGAGCAGAUGGCCCGGUACAGCCAUGUUGGAAGGCCUUGGUGGGGAAGAGGAUGAUGAAGACCAAGAUACCAUCAAGGAAGCAUUUUUGGAAACCUCUCCUUACCUGCUGGCACUCACCAUGGCUGUGUCACUCUUGCACUCCGUGUUUGAGUUCCUCGCCUUCAAGAAUGAUAUUCAGUUUUGGAACAAUCGUCAGAGUCUUGAAGGCUUGUCAGUUCGCUCUGUGUUCUUCAACGUGUUCCAGUCUGUUGUGGUCCUCCUGUAUGUGCUUGACAACGAGACCAACUUUGUUAUUAAGGUCUCGUGCUUUGUAGGGCUUGGCAUUGAGCUCUGGAAGAUCACAAAGGUAACAAAUGUCUCUGUCAAUAGGGAGAAACGGAUUAUGGGUAUCCCUACACUGAAAUUCACAGACAAGGGAACAUAUGUGGACUCCAAUACAAAGGCCUAUGAUGAAAUGGCCUACAGAUAUCUGUCAGUAGUACUGUUCCCUCUGUUGGGAGGCUACUGUGUUUAUUCUCUCAUCUACCAGGAGCAUAAAGGAUGGUAUUCCUUUGUUCUGUCAAUGCUUUAUGGCUUCCUUCUAACCUUUGGUUUCAUCAUGAUGACUCCACAACUGUUCAUCAACUACAAGCUGAAGUCUGUAGCUCACCUGCCAUGGAGGAUGCUCACAUACAAAGCUCUCAACACCUUCAUAGAUGACAUUUUUGCAUUUGUUAUUAAGAUGCCCACCAUGUAUAGGUUGGGCUGCCUUAGGGAUGAUGUGAUCUUCUUUAUCUUCUUGUAUCAGCGUUACAUCUAUCGAGUUGAUCCUACAAGAGUUAAUGAGUUUGGCUUCUCACAAGACAUGGAGAAGGAGGUUAAGGAUAAAAAAGUAGAAGCACUUGGCAAUGGAUCAACGGCUGCUGAAGGCGAACCACCCAAAUCUUUAGAAGACAAGAAGAAAGAUUAAGGCAUUUUACCUCAGUAUUUUCAUAUAUAUGUAUUUAAUCUUACUGAGAUGUACAAGAUGUAUGUAGCAGAUGAUUUCUGGUACAAAGCAUAUAUUUGCGUAUGCAGAAGCUUUUCCAUAUAUAGGGAGCCAUUUCUUUAUUUUUAGUCUUAUGUCUGUAUUAUUAGUGGACUACUCAUUUUUUUUGUAGGUUGCUUUUAGUAUAAUGUAUGUUAUUUUGUAUUGAUUCUCCUGUUUACACUCUUUUUUUAGGGAAAAAGAUAUAAUUUUCACUGAAAGUCUGUUAGGUUCACUCCAACAGGUCAUAUAUCUAGUCCAUCUGAUGUUUGAUGCUUGGCUGAUCUGAUGAAAUGAUGUAGAGCAUAAUUUAAACCAUGGCAGUCCAACUUAGGUAUGAAUAAUGUUGUAACUUUCUUUGCGUAAAGGAAUGGAUUCACCCCUGAAACUUGUAAGGCCCAAUCAGGAAUUAGCUAUAGAAGAGGUGUAUGGAAACUCGGCAGUGAGGUUUCAGUUCUCUUACUUUUGUGAUUUUUGAGUUGGAAGGAGUAUAAGUUUUUUAAAGUCAACAAAAAAUGUCAAAAUGUUUUUGGUUAAAUUUUAAUUGAGCAGAACAUCUUGAAGUUUAAUGUUUUGAUGUGUUUCUGAUGAUUCAAGGUACUUUUACCUUUGAUUUAUUGUUUUUUAUUUUUAUUUUUUUCCAGCUCUAACCUGUAGUUUUACACCCAGUCAUUGUCUUGAGGCAUGCCAUAUAGUUGCAAAAAAAAUGUAUUGUUUAUUUAUGGAAUAGUCUUUUUGUAAUGUUAUUUUUUUCUUUUUGGCAACACUGACCCCUUAUUUUAUUGUGGGAUUCCACAAAAACAAUAAAUAAGGUCACUGCUGAUUUUCUGUGAGGGCCUGUUUCAAACCUGAAAAUUUUGAUAAUUCAUCAGUGGUUGGCCAUUGAUAGGUUAUGAUUGGUUUUCAAUUUGGGCAUGACAGAAUUAUCCAAUAUUAAGUAAUACCUUUAUUUUUUUGCAUAUUUCCACUUGCAUGUGUAUAGUUAUUCAUUAAACUAACUUUGGAAGGAGAAGGAAUUGGUAAUAUUGUUUUUUAUUGUCUGUCGAGGGGGUUAUUGUCUUUGAGUAAGUUAUGGAUGUGUUAAUAAGACAAAAACUUUUUUUUCUUUACUUUUUUUUCCUUUUUCUUUCUUUAGAGAUCAUUAUUUUGCAUUAUGUAUGGAUGGCCAGCCAUGGUACUUACAAAAAUGUUCUUACUCAUCUUAUAUGGUGAACCAGUAAUCCAAAGAAAAUAAUUUCACUGUAAAUGAGUGCUUUAUUCAGUGAAUCAAUUAUUCCAAAAAAAGUUACAUGAUUGCAAAUUAGUAUUUUAUUCUGUGUCUGCUAUACAGAUAGUUCAAGAACAAAAAAAGUGUAAUUUUGAUACCCAAAGCAUAUUUGAGAGUUUAUCUGUAUGCUGAUGGGAUAUUUAGCAUAGAAUAUAAGAACAUAAGAACUGUGAAUGUUUGGGUAAAAAGUGGCUUGCAUAGUGGAUUAUUUGUGAAUGUGCUGAUGUGAUUACCAUCUAUUACUGUGAGAGUCAGGUUUAACUUAAGUAUUUGAAAUGCUUGUAUAUUUCAGCUCAUAGCCAUUGUAAAAUUUAUGUAAAUUUAGAUUGCUCUAUUUUAUAACAGAUAUAAAGCAUGUAUAUCAGUGAUAAUUGUGUUAAUAUAUUUAUUUGGUUAUGCCACAAAACAUAUUCAUAUGGCUCAUUGUUUUAAUAACAUGUAAAGUAUGUCAUAGUUUGACAUAAAUUAUUGUAAUAAUAAAAAAACAUAUUAUCACACCAAUGCAAAUGUGACCAUAAAGAAAGCGUAACGUCUUUCAGAUUUCCUUGAUUAUUAUUGAUCCUCAUUUUAUUAGUUUUCAAUAUGAAAUGAUAUCUAUAUCUGUGUUUACGUGAUAAUUGGGGAGGGUAAAUGUAAAGGAAAAAACUGUGAUACUGAAUAUCGUUGAAUCACAUUGUUUAUCUCCAAAUUAAGAGAAAAAAAUAAAUAAGAAGUUAUUGGAGUAAAAUAUUUUAUAUGGUCAUUGUCAUCAUUCAAGUCAAUCUGAAUCUAGACUAAGUACACAUACUUGACAAUCUUGUAUUUGAUCAUCUAUGUUAAUGACUCGAAGCAGUCCCAUAUGGCCUAGAACAUUAAACAUAGAGUAUUCUACUGCUUAGAAAUGAAGAUUUGAUUUUUUAUAUGAAGUAGGUCAUUUAACACUGAUUUUUAAAAUCUGAUGGCAUGUUAAUAAAAAAUUUACAUGCAAAGCAUGUGAAGGUCUUUAGGACAACUUCCGUUCAGAAAAAAAUUGAUUCUUAAAACCUUAAUAUUUUGGCAUGACUGAAAUAGCUGCAACUCAUAACUGAAACACAAAUUACCUGGUACUAUCCCUGAAUGAAAAAAAAAAAAUUCAAAUUCCUUUGAUGAAGUAAGGAUCACGAGUAAUCAUCUAUUGCUAUUUUGAGGGGUAAUUCUAAUUAUGUACUAUGGAUGUUCAGGAUUUAAAAUAUUUGUUGGUGAAUAUGAAAAUCUGUUUUUAUUAUUUCAGACAGAUGGAAGUAUUAAACUUUAAUUUAAAAGUACAUAAAGAUGGUGAAUAGCAGUGUUUUUCCUUUUUUUUUUCUUAAUAGUUUGUCACAUGUAAGUGGAAAUGUCAGUUUUGAAAUCCAAAAUUGAUAAUUGUUAAUGUGGGAUUGAUAUUUAAUGAUUGUGUUAACAAUUAUUGUUUAAUCAGUGACAAGGCAAUUUCCUAAUGGUAAUGAUAUUUAAAAGAUGUAAUUUUUGAUAACUUGUGUAUGUGAUUCAGAUGUUU